AUGCCAGCAAUAACUCCAGAUACUGGAGAUCGCUUCAACUGGAGAGCAAUCUCGAUCCGACACCCAGUUGAUGAGUAUGCGCAGCUAUCCUCACAAAAGCCUUUGUCCAGGAGCACUUUGCAAAGAUCUCCGCAUCCAAAGUCGCCAGGUGCCGAAGCGAUUGCUGGUAGACGAGCGGCUGUCAAGGAGACCUUUCAAAGAUGCUGGAAGUCUUACAAAGAACGCGCAUGGAUGAAGGAUGAACUUGCACCCGUGUCGGGUCAGCCCCGAGAUACCCAAUUUGGUGGCUGGGGAGCUACGUUGGUCGACUCAUUAGACACUUUGUCGAUCAUGGGAAUGGAAGACGAAUUCGCCGAAGCUGUCGAAGCAGCUCUGAAAAUCGACUUCAGACCAAGCGAUGAUCGGGAGAGUGAGAUCAACAUGUUCGAGAUCAUUAUACGCUAUCUGGGAGGCUUCAUAGGCGCUUACGACGUUUCUGGCUGCCACGACACCCGUCUUCUGAACAAGGCUCUCGAAGUAGCAGACAUGGCUUAUGCGACCUUCGACACGCCUAACCGGAUGCCUGUGUCGAGAUGGAAACCCGGGAAGGCGGCGGACGGCGAAGAGCAGCUGCCAGCUCUCUCGGUACUCAUAGCUGAAGCCGCUUCCGCUAGUGUGGAGUUCACUCGUCUCUCCCAAAUUACAGGCGAUAUGCGAUAUUUCGACGCCAUCUCCAGGGUUACGGAUGUACUUGAUGCACAGCAAGGAUCCACGAAGCUCCCUGGGAUGUGGCCGAUCAGUGUAGACAUGAGAACGCCGAACCUGACUUUCGACGCUUUCUUUGGGCUGGGUGCUAUGGCCGACUCGGCAUUUGAGUAUCUACCGAAGAUGUAUCAGUUGCUCAACGGGAAUGAGCCGGCUGGUCAGUAUCGCAAGAUGUACGAAUACGCGAUGGAUACGGCGAUAACGCACACCAUGUUUCGACCCAUGGUGGAAGACAAAGCAGACAUCUUGAUCGCAACCGCGAAACAUGAUGGCCCUGAUGGACAAAGAGACAACACUGGGCAGCACCUGGUGUGCUACGCUGGUGGUAUGCUGGCGCUUGGUGGGCGGCUCUUCGACAACCAGACCCAUCUCGACGUCGGACGGAAGAUCUCUGACGGUUGCGCGUGGACGUAUAAAAAUGCACCGAACGGCAUUAUGCCUGAAGUGUUUUCGAUGACCCCGUGUCCGUCGUGGUCAGAGUGCGAUUACACACCAGGCGCAAAGCCAUUCAGCGCAGUCCACGAUGGCCGUUAUAUUCUCCGGCCAGAAGCAAUCGAGUCGAUCUUCUACAUGUUCCGGCUCACGGGUGAGACCAAGUAUCAAGAGAUCGCGUGGGAGAUGUUCCAGGCCAUCGAGGCGAAUACAAAGACUGAAUUUGGCAACGCCGCGCUCCAAGACAUUAUGUCGACCCCGCCACCAAAGAGUGACAGCAUGGAGGACCGCGAACGCGUAUCGUAG